AUAAAACAUUAGCAGCAGGAGAAACUUGUUCUUUGUUUAUUCGUUUGUUUACUCAUUCAUCAACAUGCCUCGAAAUCAACGAUCUGGCUCCAAAGAUUUGGCUACACAAGUGACGGAUCACUUUAUGCAGUUUGGCCGUCGUGAAGAACAUCCCGCUCAUCAAGACAAAGAUUGGGCGCUUCUACGGGACCCUACGAUCCAUAAUGAACGUUUAAACGCUAUUAGACAAAAGCAAGGUUAUAUUAUUGAUAUGGAUGGUGUGAUUUACCACGGAAGCAAUUUACUGCCUGGGGCAAAAGAGUUUGUUGACUUUUUGAAUAAGAAUAACAAGAAAUAUCUUUUUUUGACCAAUAAUUCCGCCCCAACGCCUCGAGAACUUCAAUCCAAGUUGGAACGUCUUGGUAUUGAGGUAUCGGCCGAUCAUUUCUUUACAUCUGGACAAGCCACUGCCUAUUUCUUAAAGUCGCAGAUGCCAGAGGGAGGAACUGUGUAUGUCAUUGGUGAACCAGGUCUUGCCUAUGCGCUCUAUGAUAUGGGAUUCUUUAUGAACGACCACAAUCCCGAUUACGUCGUACUUGGAGAAUCUUCGAUAUACAAUUUCGAAAAACUGACAAAAGCGGUUCAGUUGGUGCAGAAUGGGGCAAAAUUGAUAUCUACCAAUUUGGAUAUUGAGACCCUGGACUCGAAAGGACGCAAGAUUCCUGCCACUGGCGCUUUUACCGCCUGUGUGGAAGUAGUAACCAAGACAAAGGCUUUCUUUUGUGGCAAACCAUCAGCGCUGAUCAUGCGAUACGCGCAACGUGUGCUUGGUCUCAGUCGAGGUGAAACAUGCAUCAUCGGGGAUCGGAUGGAUACAGACAUCGUUGCUGGUAUCACCUCCGAAAUUGAAUCGGUUCUCGUACUGUCUGGCGUAACAGAAAUGAGCGACUUGUCGAUGUUUGCCUAUCGUCCGUAUAUCAUUUUGGGUGGUGUGUACGAAAUUACGGAGCAAGAUCGUCGCGAGACAGAAACUGAACCCCAGGCCAGUAUACCAUGAAAUUACUUGUAGUUUGUCCAAAUUUACGCCCUUUAUAUAGUAUCUAGAAGUGAAAAACAUCUUUGAUUUUUGUAUAAAUGCUGAAGCACUACUUGUAUCUCAGGAUAAAACUGCCAGUUGGUACACAGUCAGGUCAGAUGUCGUGCAAUAGUGUUUGCCCAAUAAAUUCAUUGUCCCG